UGACAAGCGUAAAAAGGUUUUCAUCAACAGCCGCCAUUUUGUGAAUGUCCUACCGGGCGAAAACAGCAUUUUUUCUCGGAUUUUUACGCCUCAUAUCGGAAACCUUUUUCCACUAGGUGAUCUAAGGAGUUUAGCUAGGAUUUUGAUUUUCCAUAGAAGUUGGUUAGACUGUCUGAAAUUGUGGCAUAAUGUGACUGUGGGACUCGCAAUUUGACGGAGUUUUGUCGGAGAUCAAGCUUUGUACGCCCGCAUCAUACUGUGCAAAGAUGUGCGCUGUAAAGAUUCAUCAGCAGAGACAUGUCGAUGCCCUGGUUGAACUCUGCGUCCAAGAUGCGAUUGUUAUUAGCGAGUAGAUGGGCCCAUAGGAACAUAUUUUUAGAAGAUUUGUUAUAAUUGAGCAUCUAAAUAUAGGAUUCGAACAUCGAAUUUCUACAUUAAUAUUUCAGUAUGGCGGACCAAAUUGUCGACGGGCCGCCAUCGAAAAGGCAAAAAUUAGCGUCACCAGCGAACGCUUCCAACGAACGUGGUGAAUCAGAAUUGACCAAGCUUCUUGAUAUUGAUGUUCCACCUCUGUCCGAUGACCUUCAUGUGAUAAGCCACAGUACCAAUGAGACUCCAGUGUCAUUCUCAUCAGCCAGUGUCAGUCUGUCCAGUAUCGGAGGAGCGAGCGGUGGCAGUGCUUCAGUUACCGUUGCAUCAUCAAUGCCAGUUGCAACUGACACACAUAAUGACCCCCUUAAAAAGAACACACAGCUAACCAAGUUGCUGCAGUCUCCUCCCCGCACGGGAGUGAGUGCACAAGUCAGUCAGCCUGGGAGCGUGAUGGGAAAAGCUGUUGCAGUGUCAUCGGGAAUGCAGCAGAAUCAACUGCAGGGUGGAGUCACCAACUCAAGCCUUGCCAACAUCUCCCGUUCUUUUACCAAUAGCCCUGUGCCAAAUAGCAUUGCAAAGCAGGCUGGAGGGCAAGGUUUAGCCCCUUCCCCAACUAUGAACCAGACUGUUGGUGUAACUUCGGGAAUCGCCAAUGCACGGACAAAUAACACUAGUGGAGCUAACACUAUGGGUCAAUUCAAUCCCAGUACUGGGGCAAUGCCCAUAAACAGUAUGGGUAAUGCAAAUGUUGCCUCAAACAUGGGACCUGGUCAUGGGAUGAUAGGCAAUAGGCCGAAUAUGAUGAACGGACCUUUUCAAGGUGGAGAUGGAAUGGCCAUGGGCAUGACCAAUUCCAUGGUUAGGAAUAACAAUCCUGUGGCCAAUUCGAUAGCACUGCAGCAAAUGGCCAACAACAAUGCAAUGGGCAAUAGUGCUGUGGUCAAUGUAGGACAACCCAAUAUGAUAAGCGGAAUGGAUCCAGCGAUGGCGAAAGCAAGGGCUGCAAAGGUGGGUGGUAUGGCAAAUGUACAGCACAUGACCCAGUCAAACACCAACAACCCUUUCCAUGGAUUCUCCUCUUCCAUGAACACUAUGCCUACACCCACAUCCAACAUGAAUGCAUUAUCCUCCUUCGUGCCCACCACGACCAGCACUUAUGCAUUAGGGAACAUGGUGGAUGGACUCAAUAUGCCUGGCAAUAUGAACAUCAAUCCCAACAACAUGGGCUCACCUGCCGCAAAUAUGAACCCUAAUAUCGCUGGAGGUGCUCCAAACAUGGUCAGGAAUGUGAUCACUAACUUGCCUGGAAAUAUGGGUGGGAACACGAACAUGAUGCACCCGAACAUGAUUGCUGGUGGCAAUUUUAGGGGAAGUAUGAAUGUGCAAGGAACGUUACAGCGGGCCAUAUCAUCAGGAAAUGUGAACAUUGCAGCAAACAAUGCUGGGGCUAGUAUUCAAGAUGCAAAUAGAAGUGACAAUAUUGCUGGGAAUCAUGGUGUUGGUGCUGUAAGCAAUGUUAACAUGAAUGCUCAAGCUGGAGUGAAUGUGCAGCAACAGCAACAGCAGCAGCAACCAAUCAGUGCUCAACAGUCACUUGCAGGAGUUGGCGUAGGUACAGCAGGAGCGGGUGGGUCCCAGGCUUCGGCAGCAGAUCCGGGCAAGCGUAAACUCAUUCAAAGGCAACUGGUACUACUCUUACAUGCGCACAAGUGCCAAAGACGAGAAACUGCAGCAAAUGGAGAGGUGAAGCCCUGCGCUCUCCCACACUGCCGAACCAUGAAGAAUGUUCUCAAUCACAUUACCAACUGCCAAGCUGGGAAGUCUUGCCAAGUGGCCCACUGUGCUUCAUCAAGGCAGAUUAUUUCCCAUUGGAAAAACUGCACAAGGAACGACUGUCCUGUGUGUCUCCCACUGAAGAAUGCUUCAGAUCGUAAACAGCAAAAUUCUACAGCAAGUCAAUUUCUGCAGAAUCUUGCACCGGUCUCUGUUGAUCACAACUCUAUGGCACGUGCAUUUGAAAGUCUUGGUAUCCCCAUCAAAACUCCAAGAAUGUCAGGGGAAUCUGGAGGUAAUCUGCUGAACCAGCAGACUAUUCCGCAAGCAUCAGGCACGCCAGGAAAUCUUCCACGUCCUGUCUUGAAUCAGCCUCUUACUAGUGCAGGAUUAGAACAACAGCAACAACAACAACAACAACAGCAGCAACAACAACAGCAGCAACAGCAACAGCAGUUGCCAACACAGCAGCAGCAGCAGCAGCAACAAGGACAGCAGCAGGUACCCCCACAGGUAGCACAGCAGGUUGUACAGCAGCAGCAGCAAGGGCAAGCUCAGCAGCCUCAACCAACCACACAGCCUGGUCAGGCACAGCAGCAGCGGCCACCGCAGCAGCAGUCAUCACAACAGACUGCACUCUCUACAAACAGCAAUGUGCCGCCAGCCAGCAGUUUCCAAGGCAUGAACUCGCUGAGCAACACCCUGACCAAUGCAGGACCUGCCAACACAAUGUGUGUGCCAAGCAGCAUUGCUGCAGCAGCUGUAUCAACCUUAGCAGCCAUGGAUUCCAAUGCAACCUUCUCUUCAAGUUUGAACACCUCCAACAUCAUCAAGAGCAUCAGGAGUCAGGAGAUCAACGUGUCUUCUGCGUCUGGGCUCCCAGCUGCAAUACAAUCCCAAGCCAACCAGCCAUGGCAUGCAUUCGUCACUCAGGAUCUCAGGGCCCACCUUGUCCAUAAAUUUUCUCGUUUCCUGUUUUUCAGGGUGCAAGCAAUAUUUCCCUCCCCUGAUCAAGCAGCCUUGCGGGACAAGCGCAUGGGAAACCUGGUUGCUUAUGCCCGCAAAGUGGAGAAAGACAUGUACGAACAAGCAGGCAGUCGGGAGGAGUAUUACCAUCUCCUGGCUGAGAAGAUCUACAAGAUCCAGAAGGAACUGGAGGAGAAGCGGCAGAAGAGGGUAGCUGAGCAGCACGGCAAUCGCUUACCUGGCACCGUGGGUCCAGGAGGCCAGUUGAUACCGGGUCAGCUUCCGGGUCAGGGAGCCAGCCGGGGUGGCCUCACUGGUCUUUCACAGAGUGAGUACAUCUCUACUGUGCUGCAAGAUUUGAGUGGAGUGACUCCAAAUGGCCCCAAACGUGAUCUUACAAUGAAUUCCACUGUACCUGAGCAGUUUGUAAAUAUGGCGAAUAGUAUUGUACAAGUGCCAACUACUGUCAACACUCAGCAAAAACCUGGCCAACAAUCAACGAUGCAGGUACCACUGCACCCUGGCCAGCAGCCACAGCAACCACCACAACAACAACAGCAGCAGCAACUUGCCAACCAACAACAACAGCAGCAGCCACAACCCAACCAGAAUCCGUUCCGGAACUUCCCUCCCAUCCCGGUUACAUCGCAGUCCAUGGCAAACGCUGUAGGCAAGGCCCCUGCCAGUGUGGGCAUGGCAAAGCCGCAAAGUGUUGGUGCCAUAUCGUCCCAGGCACAGCAACCCACCCAGCAGCAACAAAUUGCAACUCAGAACAACACGUCACCUCUUGCUUCUUCAUUGCCAUCAGUUAGUUCUGUGUCUUCAAGUCAGCCAACUCCGCAGGCAAGCCUAUCUGGUCCACUCUCAAACCAUACUGAUCAUGGUGAAGACGUGAAGCCUCAGAUGGGAGGAAAACAACUUCCCAGCAAUAACCCAGCAUCGGUGGCAGAGAAGAUCAUCAAGCAAGAGCCCCCGGAGACACCCGGAUUAAAGAGUAAACCGUCCAUGGGUAAGGGUUAUAUCAAGCAAGAAUCAUCAUCCACAUCAGCCCCUGGGAAACCCUGUAGCUACGGUGACAAACCCAGCAAUGCUAGUAUCAAGUCUGAGCCAUUCAUCAAGUCAGAGCCGAUGGAACACGAUGGCAACGGCAAGCACGAGGUCUCUGCAACCAAGAUGACCUUCUCCAAAACACCCAAAGCAAGCAACAGUACAACCACAAGUAAUGGUUCAUCACUUAACAGUACAAGGGCCACCACGUCCGGCAACAAGGAUGGUGCUAUGUCAACGCAAAUGGUUAAGAAUGAAUCCAAGAAACCAAAGGCAAUGAAGACAUUUAAACCUGAUGAAUUGAGGCAGGCCCUCAUGCCAACUCUUGAGAAGUUAUAUCGCCAAAACCCAGAAUCGUUACCCUUCCAACAGCCAGUAGAUCCUCACAAGCUGCAGAUUCCGUUGGGUAAUUGCAUGCGGCAAAACAAAUCCCACUUACAGGAUUACUUCGACAUCGUGAAGACGCCAAUGGACCUGCAGACCAUCAAGAACAAGCUGGACACAGGCCAGUACAUUGACCCGUGGCAGUUUGUAGAUGAUGUGUGGCUCAUGUUUGACAAUGCGUGGCUCUACAACCGCAAGACUUCAAGGGUCUACAAGUACUGUACCAAACUGGCCGAAGUCUUUGAGCAGGAGAUUGAUCCAGUCAUGCAGGAGCUGGGCUACUGCUGUGGUAGAAAGCAUGUGUUCCAUCCUCAAGUGUUAUGUUGUUAUGGAAAACAGCUAUGUACUAUUCCAAGAGAUGCCCAUUACUGGACAUACCAGAACAGAAGUGUUGGCCUUGUUUCCAACAGGUAUCAUUUCUGUGAGAAGUGCUUCAAUGACAUCCAGGGUGAGACAGUCGUCCUGGGAGAGGACCCUACCCAGUCACAAACGCCUUAUUUUCCUUCUCAACAAUCCAGGACGAUAGAAAAGAAGACAUUUUGCAGGAAGAAGAAUGAUAUUCUUGAACCUGAACCGAUGUACAACUGCCUUGAGUGUGGUCGUAAGUUACAUCAAAUCUGCGUUCUUCAUGUGGAUGUGAUCUGGACCGACGGCUUCAUCUGUGAUGGAUGUCGGAAACAGAAGAAUAUCAAGAAGAAAGAGAACAAGUUCACGGCGAAGAAACUGCAACCUUCCAAGCUAGGAACUCACCUUGAGAACAGGGUCAACAAGUUUCUCAGAGACCGCAACGCCGGUGCUGGUGAAGUGGUCAUCAGGGUCAUGUCCUGUACAGAGAAGAUCGUCGAGAUCAAGUCAGGCAUGAAGUCGAGAUAUUUAUACGGAGAUGAUCUUCCUGAUACCUUUCCAUACAGGUCGAAAGCACUCUUUGCCUUUGAGGAGAUUGAUGGGGUAGAGGUGUGCUUCUUUGGGAUGCAUGUGCAAGAAUACGGCUCAGAUAGCCCCAAGCCAAACCAGGGGCGAGUGUAUAUAUCCUACCUGGACAGUGUCCAUUUCUUCCAACCUAGGGCUUUCAGGACCGCUGUCUAUCAUGAAAUACUUAUUGGUUACCUUGAAUACACCGGAUGUCUUGGGUACGAGUUUGCCCACAUCUGGGCUUGUCCACCGAGUGAAGGGGACGACUACAUCUUCCACUGUCAUCCUGUCGAGCAGAAGAUCCCCAAGCCAAAGAGACUGCAGGACUGGUACAGGAGGAUGCUGGACAAGGCCCUGGGGGAUGGUGUCAUUAAUAUCUACAAUGACAUCAUGAAUGCAGCUCUCGAGGAUGGGUUGACCUGUGCCACUGAGCUUCCCUACUUUGAGGGUGACUUCUGGCCCAACGUCCUAGAGGAGAGCAUCAAGGAGCUGGACCAGGAGGAAGAGGAAAGGCUCAAGGCUGCUGAGAAGGCUGCUGCUGCCCAGAGUGCAACUGAAGAGGUAAAUGCUUCAUUCAAAAAGCAACCACAGGGUGGUCCAAAUGGUAGCAAGAAGACGCAGAAAAAGUGCAAAAAGACGAACAAGAGCAAAAGCAGCAGUACCCGCAAGAACAACAAGAAGACCAACUUUCCACAGCAGGGCAACGAUCUUACUCAAAAGUUGUAUGCCACCAUGGAGAAACACAGAGAGGUCUUCUUUGUCAUCAAGCUCAAGCGAGCACACAACGAGAAGAUCCACGAUCCUGACCCACUGAUCACCUGUGACCUGAUGGACGGACGUGAUGCCUUCCUCACCAUGGCCAGGGAGAGGCAUUAUGAGUUCUCCUCCCUGCGUAGGGCCAAGUUCUCUUCUCUCUGCAUGCUGUGUGAGCUUCACAACCAGGGUCAGGAUAGGUUUGUCUAUACCUGUAACGAGUGCAAGCAUCAUGUGGAGACCAGAUAUCAUUGUACUGUGUGUGAGGAUUACGACUUAUGUGCUGUUUGCUAUGAGAAGAUCAAGCACGAGCACAAAAUGGAGAAAUGGGGACUAGAACUGGAUGUGGAGCCUGGCUCCAAUGCAGUGAGGAACCCACAAGAGGCUCGUCAUCUCUCCAUCCAGCGUUGCAUUCAGUCACUGGUCCAUGCCAACCAGUGCAGAGAUGCCAACUGCUGCUUGCCCAGCUGCCAGAAGAUGAAGAGGGUCAUCCAGCAUACGAGAGGCUGCAAGAAAAAGACCAAUGGAGAAUGUCCCAUCUGCAAGCAGCUCAUCACUCUGUGUUGUUUGCAUGCCAAGCACUGUCAGGAACAGAAGUGUACUGUGCCGUUCUGCAUCAACAUCAAGCACAAGCUACGACAGCAGCAGCUUCAGCAAAGGCUACAGCAGGCCCAGCUCCUGCGGCGUAGGAUAUCGGCUAUGACACGGGGAGCACCGGCUCCGUCUCAGCCUGCCGUGCAAGUGCAAGCAAAACAAACAGCGGCGAUACAACAACAGCAACAACAAGCGGCCUUACCACCUGGGCAGCAGCAGGCGGCAAUAGCUGCUCCUCCACAACAACCCAACAUUCCUGCAGUGCCACCACCUCCUCAAGGUGCUCUUGAUGCUGUGAAAAUAGUGCAACAACAAGUGGAUGCCACUAGGAAUCCAAUCAAUCAAAUUGCACAACCAAUCAGGACUAUUUCACCAACGCCAACCGCUGCGCAGCGAGGCAACCCUAAUAUGAAAACUGUCAUUAGUCAGCCAAUGAUGCAACAACAACAACAACAACAACAGCAGCCGCAGCAACAGCAUGGUGGAAAGUUACAGAAAUCUGUUUCAAUGCCUCCUGGUGGUGUAGCAUCAAUGAACCAACUUGGUCAGUGGAGAGGGCCUAUGGAUCAGACAGGACACAUUCAGGGCCAAGUGCCUGUCAUGCAGCAACAUGCACAAGGCAUGGUCAUUCACAAUACAGCUCAACCGCAGCAAAACCACAUGACUCAGGUACCUCAACCAGGUCAGCAGCAGAUACCUCCGCAGCGGAACAACGCGCCACAACAGGCGCUGCAGCAGUUGUUGCAGACGCUGAAGUCGCCACACUCGCCUCAGCAACAGAAGCAGGUGCUGACCAUUCUGAAGUCCAACCCCCAACUGAUGGCUGCCUUCAUCAAGCAAAGGUCGGAGCAUCAGCAGCGGAUGCAACAGCAGCAGCAGCAACACGGGCAGCUGCAGCAAGGCAACAUGCAGGCUGCUGGUCAGCCUGUACCACAGCAGCAGAUGGCUCAGCCAAACAUGCAGCAGCAACCUGCACAGCAGAUAAUGAAUCAAACAUGGAUGCAGCCACAGCAGCAACGACAAAGACCAAGGUUUCAGCAGGGUUACAUUCAACAGCAGAUACAGCCUCAGAACCCUGGCAAGCCCUUCCAACAAAUGGCCACUGGCCACCCAGCACAGUACAGUCAACACCCUUCAGCCAUGCAGCAACGUCGUAACAUGAUGCCGCAGGCCAUGCAGCAACUCCAGCAGCAGCAACAACAGCAGCAGCAGCAACAACAACAACAGCAGCAACAGCAGCAGCAGCAACAACAAGGCAUGACACAGGGUGACCCUGCCAUGCAGUACAUGCUUCAAGGACAGGUUCAACAGCAAGGUAUCAUGUCCAACCGCUCGCCGCAGCAGGUUCUGUCGCAGGUCCGAUCACCCCAGACCACCAACAACCCCCUUGCCCAGGUCCGGUCCCCACAGACCAAUGCCAAUAAUCCCUUAGCCCAGGUCAGGUCUCCACAGACCAAUUCCAACGCCCUGGUACAGGUCCGGUCGCCCAAUCCCAACCAAUCGCCAAGACCUCAGUCGCAACCCGCCCCCUCACCAAGAACUCAUUCAGCUCAGCCUUCUCCAAGGUCGGUAGGAGCAAUAAACUCCCCUCACCCUGUGGGUGGAACGGACAUUCAAAUGGAUCAGACCCCUGUGUUGUCACAAAACCCAACGCCCAUGGGCCAUAGCAAUAAGAACUCGCUGCAGAGUCCCGCUACGGUGGGUGGAGCAGCACCAGGUCUACAGGAGGAAAACGAUAUGACACCGCUUGAUCCUCAGGACCAACUCUCAAAGUUUGUAGAGAUGUUGUGAUUGUCAUGGUGGUGUAUUCGUUGUGUGUGUUACUAUUUAAAUCACAAGGCCAAAUAUGAAAUGAACAAUCUGUGUACAAAGGAGAUGAAUAUAAAACGUAGCAAAGCAGAGACUUUUUUUUUUACAAAGAUUGCCCAUCUACGGUUUACAAGCAGUCGAUGAAUAGCUUCAUCGGAUGGGGGAAUAAACUGUAGAUUUGGUGCAGAAUAAGUAUUGUUUUCCAAAGUGUAAGUUUUAUGAUAAUUUUAUUUUAUAUUUCAAUUUCAUUCCUUGCAGUUUCUUAUGAAAUCUAAAGACAAGUCUUGUAUCAUUGCUAUAAAGAAAGAGAAAAUAAGGGAAUUGCUAUUUGUACAGCUCUAUAUUAUUGUAAGAAAGAGAGGAAUAAUGCUACUCACUUGAAUAUGAAAACUGUCUUGUCUUAUUUUUCAUUGUUUCAUAGUCAUUUUGUAUACAGUAAAAUUUAAUAUAAACUGGUGCAUUUCAGUACCAGUGACAUGAAUGACUAUAGAUGUAUAAGAAUUUCCUUGACUCGAUCUAUCCACUAUGUCGGUGUCGUAUCUAUGUGCUGUACAAUUUUAGUAUAAAUAGGUGUAGGUACUGUGAAUGAUGUUUAUUUUUCCUCCCAUUUUUAAAAGAAAUGGUGUCCAUUGAAAGCAUUUACUGUGUCAUAGUGGAAUUUUCUGUCCUGUUUUUGUAUAAAAAUGUUUAAAAAAAGAAGAGAAUCAUGCUGAAUGUUGUAUUUGAAGGUUGUAUCUAAUUUGAAGAACCCCACGAUAUCAAAUGUUUGUACAAAAGAAUGACACCUAAAGUGUAUUUCCUACUUAUAUAUCAUAUGCGUAAUAUUCUAAAUAAAUGUCUGCACUUUUCAAAUUUGAAAGGAAGCUCUUCUUUUGUCAGUGACGUCUUUCAUUUGGGUUCAUUAUGUUUAUGUUGUAUUCAUGGUCAUGGUAAUUCUAGGGCAAUGUUUUGUUUCCCCCUUGGCUGGAUUCCUCAUGCAUAGACUCCUUUUAGACAUUUUCCAUUGGUAAUUCUGGACUUGAUUUUGUACUAUUAACCUUUGCUGUGGGAAUCCUUCAAUAUCAGAUUUCUUGUUUUAUUGUCAAAGCUUUAGCACUUUCUUUUCAUGAAAACUGAAAUGUACUUCAAAAAUAGGACUCUGAAAGAAAUCUCACGUCUUUAUAUGUAAAUGAGAAAUUAUGUGAGGUCUGUUUCAUUCUGAAGUCCAGCUAUGCAAGACCGUUUAUUGACAAAGACCAUUUCAUGCUCUAACCAUACAUUUAUUCUGAACACAAACUUGUGGCAGAUUAUGUGUCUGAGCCCUUGUAUAUACAAGUGCUUCAGACUUGAACUUCUGAAAUGUUUUCUCCUUUUUAUUACUAAAAUGUCCUUGAUUUUCACAAAAUAUACAUUCAGAUUUAUAUUCUGAUGGUUAUCAACUGCAGAGAAUGGAAAUGUAUCUUCGCAAAUGUGGAAGUAAAUGUCAAUAGUGAUUUUAAUUAAAGAAAGAAGGCAAUUAUAAGGCAUUAUUUUGAUAGCAAGAUGGUUGAAUCUUCUUUAAAACAAUGAAUAAACAUGUUUUUAAGACAGACAAACAA